AACUGUUUAAGCUAUUGCAAUUUCAAAUUCUUCUAGUUAGGUUGUUUUUUUUUUUGGGUUUUCUGAAUCUCACACCACUCCGUAGUAAUGAAUCCGAUUCCUUUUCAAUCUGUAGCACGGCUUCCUCCGCCGCCGCCUUGGUUUCCGGUAUUACCGUCGGAACCACCGAAUUCGACUUCCUUUUGGGAGAACAGAAAUGUCAGCGAUCGCCUCAGGGAAUUGCAACACACUCUCAAUCUCGCAAAGGCAAUGCAGAAGGAGCUAGAAAUGUUGAUGAUGAUAAAAGAUGGUAAUGGGGCUCUAGAAGGUGUGAAACUUGUCACAGAUGAACCUUGCCUUUCUGGUUUUCUAAAAUGUAUAGAAGACGGAGGGGUUAGUGUAGAAUCCCAUGAAUCAUUUGCUGUGGAAGCAGCAAAUUCUUUGAUGUCAAAGCUAAGAGCUCAGCUGGAGCCUUUCCGGUAUGUUGCUGAUGAGGCAAGUCCAUGGGAGGAGAAAUCAGCUGUGGCUAGGCUUGCAAAUAAAGUAAACAAGUCUAAACGGAAUAAACUAUGGAGGAAGAAAAAGAGGAAACGUGUUGCGGAGAUGAUUGCAAAGGAGCGUGAGCAAUUUCAACAAAUCGACAGGGAAGCCGAUGAUUGGGUUGCUAGGGAAAAGGCCAAGGAAAUUGCUAACAGCAAGGUAUUGAAGAUGAAAGAAAUUGCGAAGUCUAAGGCCAAAGAAGAGAAGAAGAAACUAGAGGCUGAGCUUGAGCUGCUCUUGGUAGUGGAGAAGCUUCAGGAGUUACGCUCCAUAAGAAUACAAAGGUUGAAAAAACAAGGCCAUUUUCUCCCAGAGGAGGAUGACAAGUUUCUUGAGAGAGUUCAAGCUGCAGUGAAAGAAGAGGAGCGUGAAGCUUUGGCUGCAGUUGAAGCAGAUGCUGCUAAAGAAGCAAUUGCAACUGCUGAGGAAUCCAGGAAAGCUAUUCAGAAUCAAGGGAAACUGUCAAAAGAAGGCAAUGAUGAUAGUGAAGUAAAGGAGAACAAAGAGCAAAUAGUUCCCAGUGUGACUGAAGACGGAUCUGGUCCAUUGGAUGAGAAUAAAUCCAGUAAAAUAGAACAGAUCAGUGGAGGAGCAUAUGAUCCUUUGGCAAAUUUACCCAUUGAGUUCUACCAUUAUUAUCAUGGAAGCAACAAUGAUAUGGGUACACUUAUUGAGGUUAGAAGAGGAUGGGAUGCCUAUAUCAGACCUGGUGGAAGCCGCAUACCUGGGCACUGGGUUCAGCCUCCUCCACCAGCUAAUGAGAUAUGGGCAUCUUACUUGGUGGGGCCUAGAUGAUUAGUUAACAAAUCAACAGUUUUGUACAAAGAUGUUAUCCCGUCAUAUGGUAAGUUUUGAAGGUUUGACCUAUGUUCCUGACCAACCUCAGCUAUACGCUUUGUGGCGGCAUGUUUACAUAUUUGUAACUUGCUCAUCAUGUAUUCAGUUCAUACGUGUUAUUGUUAAAUUUACAUGAAGAUAAAGAGAAAAAAUUACUUAUACUUCCUUUUUCUAAACAACAAUGGCAAUUUACAUUGAAAGGAAAGCUAUGCUAGACUCGUCGAUUUACAGUUAAAUCACAUUUUAUUGUUAAAACGUAUUUACAUGCUUUCAGAAACCUUGUUCUAUAUUAGUUAAAUCUUACCGUGAGGUGAAGGGGAAGUCAUGAUGGAACACUUUUCUGCUUCGUGUGGUAGAGUUAAACACAUGGAAAAUACAGAGGUUCAGAAAAUAGCGAUGGCAUGUCAAAAUUCAGGCUGUUUGGUUGUGAAGAAAUUGGGAGCAAAGAAAAAUAUCACACGUGGCUCUCACAACAAAAUUAGUAAAGUACUUAAUGGUUCCAGAAAGUUAUAGACACUUGAUGAGCUCCUGAUUUUUUAUUUAUUUUUGGAUGAGUCCUUGAAAAAAAUUUUCAACCAACAUUUUAGUCCUUCUGUUAGUAGGAGUAUUGACAGAAGUUCAAAUCAUUAAUUAUAAUAGUGACGACUCCUUUUUCAUUCUUAGAUGACUCUUAAUUGUCAGUUACAAUGUAGAGUAGACUUUUCAACUCUAGUGGAAGUUCAAAUCCUUGAUGCUUUUGUUAGAAAAGUACUUCAUCAACUGCUGAGUGUUGUGGACAUGAAAGACAGCACGAUGAAGUUGAGAUCCACCCUGGAAGAACAGAAGUCCAUCAUUGAAAUAGUAGAACCAGUGACUGAGUAGAUAGAUUAUCUUAACUAUCGAUUGUGUUUGAUAAACAAAUGGCAGAAAAAUCCUCAAAAGGUGUUGCUUCGGGUGGCUUGUAUAUAAAUUUUUACUGGCAACUCUAAUCCUAUGAAAUGGCACAUGCAUUAGAUAUUAAGUGAAACAUUCAAGUGUUUUGAAUGUGAGAAUAUGCAGCAGUAGGCCCAUCUGCACUAAUGUGAGAGGACAUGGAACUCUAUAGAAAGUUGCAUCAGAAAAACAUCAAUCAAAUAGUUUAUUUUAUUUUAUUUAUUUGCAUUGCAAUACUGAAGGGACGGAGUUAAAAAACCAAAU